AUGAAGCUGAAAGAUAUCUCAAGGACAGCGACAUUCGCAUGGGACCAGUCAUCCUCUUCUGCCCCUUUACUCGCGACUGGUGCUGUAGCAGGAGCUUUAGAUGAGAACUUCAGCAAUGAGAGUCAGUUGGAGAUCUGGGCUCCUGAUUUUGGGGACGAGAAAGGAAUAAGACUCGGAGGGGAAGGUAAAGGUGCUCAAGGGAGUAUAACCGUGAAUAGUCGAUUCAAUCGACUGGCGUGGUCUGCUCCAUCCACAUCCCACUCAAAAGGUCUUCUUGCGGCUGGUAUGGAGACUGGAGAAGUUAACUUGUUCGAUCCAGAGAAGAUAUUGUCUGGCUCGAGUGCCGACGAAGCUCGUAUUUUCAAGAGCGAUAAGCACACUGGACCCGUCCGAGGUUUGGAUUUCAACCAGAUCCAGAAGAAUCUCUUAUUGACCGGUGCUGUUAAUGCCGAACUUUACAUAUACGAUCUCAACAACCCCAACAAUGCCCCCGUCCCACCAGGUCCUACAUCCACCAAACUUAACGAAAUCACAUCGCUUCAAUGGAAUCCCACCGUUGCCAGGGUAUUCGCUGCUUCUUCCUCGUCAGGAUUUACAUCUGUCUGGGACUUGAAAGCUGGAAAGGAGAUCGUCAGCUUACAGUAUGGUGGAGGUGCUGCGAAGGGAAUGGAGACAGUCGGCGGCGUAGCGGGUUUGCAGAUGGGUAAAAGAAGAGGAAUGAGUGAUGUUUGUUGGCAUCCUGAAAAUGCCACGAGAUUGAUCACUGCUUCGGAAGACGAUGAAUCACCAAUCAUCAUGUUAUGGGAUUUAAGGAAUACUCGGGCUCCCGAGAAGAUCCUAAGCGGUCAUCAUAAAGGUGUUCUUUCCGUCGCUUGGUGUAAGCAAGACGCCGAUCUGCUGCUAUCAUGUGGUAAAGAUAACAGAACGCUCUGCUGGAACCCUUCAACUGGAGAGAUUAUCGGAGAGCCAGCUGAGAAAUUCAACGAGGAGGCUUCUGCGGAUGAUAUAUUCGGCGCUUUGAGUCAAGAAGAGCCAUCCAAUGAUACUGCCAACGUACUCUCCCUCAAACAACCUCCUAAAUGGCUGCGAAGACCGGUUUCAGCUACUUUCGGUUUCGGUGGACUUCUCGCUACAACAUCUAAUUUGCCUGGCGCUUCGGGUAAACACCAAAGUGGAGUCGUGCAUCUCCGUACCGUCACUACAGAGCAAGGCGUCAUAGAAAGAGCUACAGCUUUGGAUGCUACAGCUGGCGAGAAAGAGAAACUUGCCGAAUUCUGUACCGAUCGGGCAAGCGGUAACGAUGAUGCUUGGAGGGCUCUGCAAACUCUGUUCAAAACCAACUCACGUGAACAGCUCGUCCAGUUACUUGGUUUCUCAAAGGAAGAAGUCGUGAAGAAGGUACAUGAAGCUAUUGGGAAAUUCCCUUCCGUCACUGUUACCGAAGAGCCAUCGGAAGAUCAAACAAAAGCGGACGCGAAAGAUGAAUCUGAAGUGGCAACACCUACUGUGGAGAAGACACCUGAAGAAGCUAGCUCUGUAGCCGACGAGAUUGUCAGUGUGAAGGGGUCGGAAACCGCUUCAACAACUGGUGCUACUGAUAAAAGUCUCUUCGAUGAGGAUCACGCCCCAGGUACUCCCGCCGCUGCGGCUGCCGACUUCUUCUCUUCCAUGGCUUCGGGUACGCUUCGAAACCCUCAACUCGACAGCAUAAUCCCUCAUAAGAACAACGAGUUCGUCGAUUCAUCUGUCGCCGCUACGAUCGGUAGUCGAGCCUCCUCAGUCAGAGAUGAAAUUAUCACCAAAGAGAAUACUUUCCAAAUCUAUCCUGAAGGCGAAAGUGAUAUUGAUAAACUCAUCACUCAGGCCCUUGUCAUGGGUGAUUUUAAAUCUGCUGUGGACCUUUGUCUCGCCUCGGAAAGAUUCGCCGAUGCCCUUCUCCUUGCUGUACGAGGUGGUCCAGAUCUCCUGCAAUCUACCCAAAAAGCUUAUUUCGCUCGACAAACCGCAUCUCUCCCCUUCCUCCGAGUGUUCCAAUCUAUUGUCACCGAAGACCUCAUCGAUAUAGUCCAAAAUGCCGAUCUUCGAGAAUGGAAAGUCGCUUUCGUUGUCAUCUGCACUUUUGCCAAGGAGAGCGAGUUCAGCAAUCUUGCCGAACAGCUUGGUCAACGACUUCAAUUCAAAUGGCGAACGCUUACUGGCUCUGACAGCCCAGAAGCUAAGGAAUCUGCCAGGAUCGCUAGACAGGAUGCUACCUUGUGUUACCUCGCAGCAAGGAAAUUAGAAAAGGUGGUCAGCAUCUGGGUUGAUGAGAUGUCUGAGGAAGAGGAAGCGACGUAUACAACUCGAUACGCUGCUCACGCACAAGCCCUCCAAUCAUUCAUCGAAAAGGUGGCGGUAUUUACCGCGGCCACAGGGUAUGUCGAUGAGGAUCUCCUCUCUCCGACCGAAUCUGCUGUCGCUGCUGAGACAGGUGCAAGAACUUACAAGCUGGCUGGAUUGUACGAUCGAUAUUACGAGUACGCCGAUCUCUUGGCGACUCAGGGCCUUGUCGACAUCGCUGCCAAGUUUGUCAAGAUGACUCCUCCAGAUUACAAGGGUACUGGUGCUGCUGGUUCCGAAUUAGACAAAGCUAGAGAUAGAUUAUUUACUGCCGCUGGAAUUCAAGCUGGAAGUGUCUCAGUCAACUCUGCCUUCGGAUCUGCUAAAACCCAACCUCAAGCUUCUACUUCCUAUGCCCCCACCAGUUCUUCUUCGUACACUCCCCAGACAGCCGGGCCAUACAGCCGUGCUCCUUCGUCGACUGGGCCUUAUAGUGCCGUACAGCCUCCUGCUCCCUAUGGUCAGUCUCAGCCCUCAGCUUACGCACCUCCUCCGGCUCCCACUCAGAACGCCUACAAGCCUCCCACUACCUCUGCCCCAUAUCAGCCUGCUCAACAGCAACAGUCUUACGGAGGAUAUGGUGAAACAAACCCUUAUGCUCCAUCCCCAGUAUCAACUUAUCAACCGGCUGGCUACUCUGCCAAUGGCUAUCGACCCAACGAACCUCAGGCUCAAGGCUAUGGCGCACCUCAGCAACCUUACGGUGCUCCUCCCCAAGUAAUCCCUCCACCUCCUCGAGCUGGCUCAUUCAACGGUCCAACUUCAAACACCCCACCACCUUUACCUGCAGCUCAGAGAAGGGAUAUCCCGGGAUGGAACGAUGCACCCAACCUCGCACCCAAACGACCUCAAAGUGCUGUUAACAAGGAAGCCAACAAACCCACUGCCAUUACUUCUCCUUUCCCCAACAUGCCUAAUCCGUUCGAGGCUCAACCCACCGGAUUCACACCUCCCCCAGCUCGACAAACACCUCAACCGGGUGUUCUUCCACCACCACCUAAGGGCGGUCCACGAGCUCCUUCUACCCAGAUUCCACCCCCACCAAGAUCAGUGGCUUCGCCUCCUGCUCAACAGCAGCCACCUCCUCAGUUCCAACCUCCACCACCCCGCGGACAACCGCUUGCCGGUCCACCACCCACCGCUCGACCACCACCACCUCAAGCUAGAGCUGGACCCCCUCCUCCAGGUGUAAUGGCUGGACCACCUCCUCAAAGAGCCUUGGCACCUUUGGGUCCAGGUCGAAUCGGUUCGCCAUUGUCAGGACAGAUAAGGCCACCCCCUCAACAACGACCACCUCAAGCUAUGUCACCCCCGACUCAACAUCAAGCUCCUCCACCGCCACCUAUGGGCUCGAGAAUGGCCGGUCCUCCACCUCCAGGAAGAAGUCCUUCUGUCCAACAUCAGCAACAACAUGGUGGACCAUCUCCUCAAGUGACAAAUUCGCCCCCUAACCCUGCUCAACGAGAGGUUCAACCACCUCCCGCAGCACCGGCCAAACCUUCUCAUCCUGCCGGAGACAGAUCGCAUAUAUCUCCUGCAUCACGACCUGUCUUCGAAACUUUGUCAAAUGAGCUUUCAGCGGUGAAACAGAAGAACUUCCCUCCUAACGUGAAGAAGGUGGUUGAGGACACCGAAAGAAGGUUGAACAUCCUCUUUGAUGGUCUUAACAACGACUCAGUACCCAAACCAGCUUUGGAUUUACUGAACAACAUCACCAAGGCCAUCGCUGCGAAGGAUUGGAAUGCAGCUUUGGCAAUGCAUGUCGAGCUAUUGACUGGUGCCACUGGUGACAUGACUACUUGGGUGCCCGGAGUCAAGCAAUUAGUGAGGUUGAGUGUAUAG